GCACUAUCUCCUCUACGGAGCAGCGUACUACUAGAUCCUCAACCGUACCCAUACGAUAUACUACAUACUUCAUACCCAUACUUCGGUACCUUCUCAGUUCCAGCACAUCUCCUCUACUGAACGUACUAGAUCCUACCCCUACUACAUACUCUCAUCAGAGUUCGGUAAUCUUCAUCAGAUCUGAUCCCCGCGCGCAGCUGCUACGCUCCUAAACGGGUCUUUCGCAAGCCUGCUUCGAAUUCCCGCACGUCAGCUUUACGCUUACUAGCUUCGCGAGCGUCGCUUAGCUUCGCGAGCUUCGUCAGCUGCACCCCCAGGGGUUCUUCGAGUAAGAAACCCGAACUCGGCGCGCAAUCGUCGUGGCUGGAAAGUUUCCGUCCAUGGCGCCGGCUUUCGCGGCGGUGCUGUUCGCCGUGGCCUUCUACGGCGCGCUCUUCGCGUCGGGUGCGGCGGCGCAGAGUAACUGCGUUGUAUCGACUCUCCAUGGAUACGACGUGGAGGUGCAGCUCACUGACAGUCUCUUUCUCCACUGGAAGACGCCCAACUCGACGGAGCUCCACCUCGCCCUCGAGACGUACACCUCUGGCUGGGCGGCAGUGGGGUGGUCGCCGGACGGCAACAUGGCCGGCAGCGACGCGGUGGUUGGCAAUCUCGAGGAACGGGCGGCGGACGGCACAGAGGUCAACGGGUCGGGCCUGCCGGCGGCUUAUAAGCUCGUGUCGACCUCCGCCGGCGGCCAGGAGCGCGUUGGGGAAAUGAGCUCUUUCCUCGGGGGGGCAAAGGGCCGUGCGGUGACAGGCGCCGCGACUAUCCUCGAAUUCACUCGCACGGAGGGAUCUGGAAACGUGCCAGUGAAGCUGGCGGGCCCGUCCAACAUCAUCUUUGCGUACUCCGGGGACAGCUCGAGAACUUUUGGUUAUCACGGCCUAACAAGGGGAUCCACGGUACUUGAUUUCUCCUGCACCGUGGGAGGGGCACCGAUAGAAGCACCCGGGAGCGAGCCAGCACCGAUCGAAGCACCCGGGAGCGAGCCAGCACCGAUCGAAGCACCCGGGAGCGAGCCAGCACCGAUCGAAGCACCCGGGAGCGAGCCAGCACAGAUCGGAGCACCCGGGAGCGAGCCAGCACCCAUCGGAGCACCCGGGAGCGAGCCAGCAUCCGUCGGAGCACCUGGAAGCGAGCCAGCACCCCACCCAUCGGAGCACCCGGGAGCAAGCCAGCACCCAUCGGAGUAUCUGGCAGCGAGGCGGCACCGAUCAGCACAGCUCGUCGUCUUCUUUGUGUGCAUGGGCUCCGCGGUUGCUCAUUUCCCUUGCAAGGCACUACCCAGCCCGUCGCCAGGAACCCCCCCAGCUGAUCAACAUGCCUCCUGCGUAAGGCACGAGGAUUGGCUCUCAGCCGUGCAUCAUGGCUGGUGCCCGUGGCAGUGCUUGCUGGCCUGGCUCCUUCUCUUUUGCAAUUAGCCUUGGUGGUGGCGUGCAUGCCUCAUGCGAUCAACCUUGCCAAUAAAAUGCAUGCCCAUGU